AUGCAGGAAGAAUUUGAAAUGCCUAUGAUGGGAGAGUUGACAUACUUCCUUGGUCGACAAGUGAAGCAGACUAAAGAUGGAAUAUUCAUUCAUCAAUCCAAAUACUACAAUGAUCUGCUGAAAAGAUUCAAAAUGCUGGACUACAAAGAUGUUGCUACUCCAAUGGCAACUAAUUGCUACUUGGAUCUAGAUGAGGCUGGAAAAGGUGUCAACCACAGAAUGUAUCGAGGUAUGAUUGAAUCACUAAUUUAUCUUACUGCUAGUAGGCUUGACAUCAUGCAUAGUUUUUGUCUCUGUGCUAGAUUUCAAUCUACUCCUAAAGAAUCACAUCUUACAAUUGUUAAAAGAAUUUUAAAGUACCUCAAAGGUACUAAAGGCCUUGGACUGUGGUAUCUAUAUGGCACAAAUUUUUUUCUAAAUGGUUACAGUGAUUCUGAUUUUGUAAACUAG